CUUUCGGCACCUCGCUACCGGACGCUGUCAAUUCGACUGCUUUCACCGCGGGGAACGAAGGGCUACGCGCUCAGCGUCGUGACCCCGGGAAGGAAUUGCGCGCACCAAGUGGGACGUCCCUGAGAGCGUGCCCGCGCAAAGGACGGGGAAGGGUGGUAUCUCAAAUGUGCACAGCCGGUCCGUGCGUUGAGUGUCUUCUCCCCCACCGGGGGACCAUGAGUUGGCGGGAGAGAAACACGGAUCGCAUCAGCGUCCACAGGCCGUUCCCCAGCGACGAUAUUUCUACAACAGACACCUGCCCAAUGCAAUUUCUUUCAGCACAAAGGAGUGCAAGAAAAGGAACAUCUGAAAAAUGUCGAAGUGUAUCUGUUUGUUCAACAGACCGGACUUGUGUGGACUGGCUUUCGAAGAAGUCAUUUGCAUAUCUCCAGGAUAAAGCAGACAAGGAAUCCUUGGGAGUUAGUGCUCUUUGUCAGCCCUUGUUUGAUACAGAAGAAUGCUUUAUCAAGGAAUUGGAUGAAUAUACAGCCUAUAAGGAUAUGCUAAACUUGAGAAAAAAAGAAAUACUGUACAAAAAAUGGAAUGAUUAUGUUUAUGAACCAGUCCAGUGGAAAGUCAAGGCAAAAUUAAAUCAGUCAAUUGAAAGAAGACGACCUUCAGUUUUACAGUAUUUAGACUACUGCAAUAAAAAGGAGCCUGUAUUUUUGGAAGAAUAUAACUCAGAUGAUUUUAAUCCAUUUGUCAGCCAUCUGUGCAAACCUCAUACAUUUAAGACAAGGACUUUAACUCUCAAUGAUCCUCUGCUGUUUCAAUCAAGAAGCAAGACUGAGGAAGACAAUGCUAUUCUGCAGUGUCAAAAAGGUAAAGUUUAUUCUUUAAAAGAGACUGAAGAAUUUCACAAGGCACAACUACCUUUGGUUCCAUUGGGUCGUCAAUAUGUUGACUGCAAUACCUGGCUCCGUGUACCACUAGGCUAUAUUGAGAGUGAAGUCCGACAAAGAAGCAGGAAACGGAUGACUUGGAGAAGUAGACAUAUGUGAGUUCAUCAUCCAUUUUUACUGGGAAGACAGAUUUAGAAGAAGCUUUUCCAGGACUGACCUUCCGCACCAUGGAGCAGCAGACGUUCCAGAUUAGUUCAAUUUAGUUUAAUGUGUGUCCUAGGCCAGCUCCUGAAAGUAGUCUUUGGCUUAUUGCACAACUACCUCCAAAACUAACUGGUAAUAAAAUGUUACAUAAUGUGAAUGCAUGAGUUUUAAUAAGAAUGCAGUAACAGCUAUUAGUUUAGAACAGAGUGCCAGAAUCUGUGAGAAGUAAUUUACUGCACAAAUUUAGUCAUUUACUUG